AUGAUAGCUUCUGCGGCGAAGACACUCUCGCAAGCAGCGGCGCAUGCUCAGGAGAAGGCAAACGAGGAGAUGAGGAAGGUGCGGGCUGAGGCUUCGUCUGUUUUCCGGGGUGGAGAAGACGAGGCGCAGUCCGUCCUCUCCGGAGAUCUCGACCAUUUGGAUCGCGCUGAGUUGGAGCGGCUUGUGGGCCAGUCGGCGGCGGUCCAGGCCCAGCUUCAGUCGCAGGUCAGUGCCCUCAGCAAGACGAAGACGGAGCUGACGGCGCAACUGGCCACCGCUGCGGACGGCUCGCGCUUGGCGGCAGCGGAUGCAGACUGCCGCAGCGCGGCGUUGGAGGACGAGAUGGCGGCUGCGCGGCGCUCGGCCACGGCCGCGCUGGCGAGCGCACGCGAGGAGACCGCCGAGGCGCGUUCCGCGGCCGAGCGUGCCGAGGCUGGCCGCGCCGCCGUGGCCAUGCAGCUUGCUGAGGCGUCUCUACCCAGCCUCACCACGCGCGAUGCGACCGCUCGCGCCGAGGCAGCCGAGUCGCGAGCGUGCGAGGCGGAGGCGGCGCGCGCUCGACUCCGCGCCCAGCUGGCCGAGGCGAGGGAAGAGGCUGAGAUGCUGCGAGGCUCGGAGGCGAUGGCACGCGCCGCUGUGCAGGCGGCGAACGCGGACGCCGACGCGCAGCGCCGCGCCGCAGCCGCUAUGGCAACGACGGCCGCCCUUGCCGAGCUCGCAGCGGCAAAGCAGGCUGGCACGGCCGCGCAGGAUGCAAUGCGCAAGCGCGCAAACGAGGCUGUGACGGAGGCGGAGGCCCGCGCCGGGAAACAGAUCGAGGCGGCGCUCGAGGCGGCAAAGACAGCCACGGCCCGUGCGGAGAGUGCGGAGGCGGCGGCGGCGGCGGCGGCAUGCAAGACAGCGGCUGAGGAGACCGCCAAGGGCGCGACGAGUUCUGCCAAUUUGGCCGCCCAGGCCGAGGCUGCGAGGCUCGAGGCAGCCAGGUUGAAGGACAAAGUCGUGAGCCUCGAGGGGGCGCUCUCCUCAGAGCGCGAGUCUCUCGGGACGAUGCGCACCAAGCUGGCGGCCGCCAAGAGCGCUAUGGAGAGCCGGGUCGCGGCGAUGCAACAGGAGCUGACUUUGGCAAAGGAGGGCGCGGCGGCCCGCGAGGCCGCGGCUGUCGCGGCAGCUUUGGAGGAACGGCAAUUGGCAGAAGUUGCCGAUGGCAGCGCGCACGCAGAGCGGCAAAUAGCAGCUACCGCCGAGAUCGAGCGCUUGCACAAAGAGGUUGAGAGGUUGCGAGCUGAGGUGGCAGAGAGACAGGAGAAGAUGGGGCGAUUGCACGUUUCGGCCAAGGCGGCCCUCGAGCGCCAAAAGGCGGCGAUGCUCGAGAAGCACGCCGCCGUGGUGCAGCGCAUCCGGAGCGAGCAGCCCGCUGCCGCCGCAGCCGCUCUCCGCAGCGAGGCAAUCGGGGGAGCCACGCCACCCGCCGCUGCCCGCGUAGCUCCGAGCACAGC